GGGCCGGUUCGCUGGCGCUGCCAGUCUCGGGCGGCGGCGUCCGGCGCGCGGGCGGCCUGCUGGGCGGGCUGAGGGGCCAGCGGUGCGCGCGCGAGGCGGCGGGACGGAGCCGGCGAGCCCCCGCGGCGACAGGUUUCUAUAAAAGAAAAUGACUACUGAUGAAGGUACCAAGAACAAUGGAGAAAGCCCAGCAGCAGCUGUUGCUGAACAGGGAGAGGAUAUUACCGCUAAAAAAGAUAGAGGUGUAUUAAAGAUUGUCAAAAGAGUGGGGAAUAGUGAUGAAUCACCAAUGAUUGGAGAUAAGGUUUAUGUCCAUUACAAAGGAAAAUUGUCAAAUGGAAAGAAGUUUGAUUCCAGUCAUGAUAGAAACGAGCCGUUUGUCUUUAGUCUUGGCAAAGGCCAAGUUAUCAAGGCAUGGGACAUCGGGGUGGCCACCAUGAAGAAAGGCGAGAUCUGCCAUUUGCUGUGCACACCAGAAUAUGCAUAUGGCUCAGCUGGCAGUCUCCCCAAAAUUCCCUCGAAUGCAACUCUCUUUUUUGAGAUUGAGCUCCUUGAUUUCAAAGGAGAAGAUUUAUUUGAAGAUGGAGGCAUUAUCCGGAGAAUCAAACAGAAAGGAGAAGGAUACUCAAACCCAAAUGAAGGAGCAACAGUAGAAAUCCACCUGGAAGGCUGCUGUGGUGGGAAGAUGUUUGAUUGCAGAGAUGUGGUGUUCAUUGUUGGCGAAGGAGAAGACCAUGACAUUCCAAUUGGAAUUGACAAAGCCCUGGAAAAAAUGCAACGGGAAGAACACUGUGUUUUAUAUCUUGGACCACGAUAUGGUUUUGGAGAGGCAGGGAAGCCUAAAUUUGGCAUUGAACCUAAUGCUGAGCUUAUAUAUGAAGUUACACUUAAGAGCUUCGAAAAGGCCAAAGAAUCCUGGGAGAUGGAUACCAAAGAAAAAUUGGAGCAGGCUGCCAUUGUCAAAGAGAAGGGAACUGUGUACUUUAAGGGAGGCAAGUACCUGCAGGCAGUGAUUCAGUAUGGAAAGAUAGUAUCCUGGUUGGAGAUGGAAUAUGGCCUAUCAGAAAAGGAAUCGAAAGCUUCUGAGUCAUUUCUGCUCGCUGCCUUCCUGAACCUGGCCAUGUGCUACCUGAAGCUUCGAGAAUACACCAAAGCUGUCGAAUGCUGUGAUAAGGCCCUUGGACUGGACAGCGCCAACGAGAAGGGCCUGUACCGGAGGGGAGAAGCCCAGCUGCUCAUGAAUGAGUUUGAGUCAGCCAAGGGCGACUUUGAGAAGGUGUUGGAAGUAAAUCCACAGAACAAGGCGGCGAGACUGCAGAUCUCCAUGUGCCAGAAAAAGGCCAAGGAACACAAUGAGCGGGACCGCAGGAUAUACGCCAACAUGUUCAAGAAGUUUGCAGAGCAGGAUGCAAAGGAAGAGGCCAGUAAAGCAAUGGGCAAGAAGGCUGUAGAAGGGAUCGCCAAUGAAAAAGAAACAGGAAGUCAAGCAAUGGAAGAAGAGAAAGCUGGAGGCCGAGUAUGACACCACGCCAAGGAGGGAAGAGUCCUAACUCGGCCCCUCCUCCUUGGGCUUUCACCCAACUCAGGACUAAAUGGUGUUUAAUGUCAAGUUUGUUAUAGUCUAUGUGAUUCUGGAAGCAAAUGGUAAAAUGAGUAGCUUCCAAAAAAAAAAAAAACCCCACCACCCUGCUGCUGCCCAGUGCCCUCCGGAGAGGGUGGCAUGGGGCCACUCCAGAGAGAGAGAACCCACAUGGCUGUGACGUGGGAGAUUGAACCAACAGCGUAGGUCCUGCUCAUUCAAGUUCCUGUCAACUCUCGAUAACUAAUUCAGGGUCCCUUGAGAUAUCCUAACAAUUUGAGGCCAUUGUGCGGGUUUUACAUUUGAUUGAACCCUGAUUGCAUAGCACGAUAGAAACCUAACAAUAAAUGCUUAAUGAGUUUCUCCUUCCUUACGCUUGGCCUGAGGAAAGGGGAUGUUGUGUUUUUUUAAAUGCCUGGAGUGCUAUGAAUGCAACCUAUUGCAUUUUUAACCAACAGAACCCACAGUAGAGAGGUGUGGUAUCCCAUCAGGCCACAGCAGCGUCACAGACUUGAAAGCCAGAACCUCAGAGGCCACUUACUUGCUGACUUAGCCGCCUCCUUGUUGAGUGCGUUUUGCUCACACCCAGCCUGUCCCUGGGGGAGGAAUUCUGUCAUUCCUGAAACACUCCAGCGGUGAGCAUGAGCAGCAGGGGGUCCUGGAUUAACUUGCCCUGUUCUGGAUGAAGUUCUGAGAUGCUGGAAUGAUGUGAAAAAAGCAGUCAGAAUUAUGCUUUUUUCCUCUCCUCUCAUGAGUUGAGCACAGUCCUGCCUGCUGGCACUGCUACUCGUCAGUAUCAUGUCCCACUCUAACCCUUGCUAAUAAGAACUUAGCCCUGUUAGGCUAUCUCUAACCUGGAGUGGGUUUAUUUACACAUCCAUUUAGAAUCAAUGCAGCUUUUGAAAAAAUUUGGUCAUCUUUUUAAAAGUACUGGCCCAUGGCAUAUAAAGUGGUUUAUGGAACUUUAUUUACACUCCUAUCAUGCAAAACAAAAGCAGAAUUUUUAACUACUAGGUAGCUUAAUUUUAAAAAACAAAAUCUUUGAGGUUGAAAAAAAUAAGUAGUUCAUAUUUACCUUAAGGGUUUCACUGGCAGGUUUGACACACCGUAGUUUUCUUUCCCUGCACUCAUAGCUUCUUCGUUCUGGUGUGAGUUAUGAAAAAAGAAUUGAAACAUCUUCCCAUGCAGGUACAGCUCACCUAAGAUCUCCAGUACUUGGGCAUUGAAUUCGGGAAAGUCUUAAAUACGUAGAUUUAGUUGAAGUCUAGUUUCUUACGGGUAAACGAGAUUAAGCCUGACUCUCUAGUUCCACCGCCUAAGAAAUACUCAUGGGGCUGCCUUUGGCAGCCCAAGGAAACAUUUGCUUCAUCCUGAAACAUCUCACUUUUUUAAAUCCUAAAGAACACUGGCAAUUAUAUUUUAGAUUAGUCUUUAUUUUUAUGGUGGUUUUAACAUAACACUUUCAUUGUUAGGUUAGGACCUGCAUUAAAACCUGAAAAUAUAGUCAUUUCCUUUUAUAGCAGUUUUCUCUUCCAUGAAACAAGUGGAAUUAAGUUGUAUGCUUCUCCUUUUAUGAUAACUAAACUCCUUUUAAUUUCCUUACUUACACUUUUGUCUUUGUUCAUGAGAUUUCUAAAGGCCCCAAUCUUGCCUCAGAGAUAUGAAAAGCAAAAGCUGAUUUUGCGUCUUUGUUUAAGUGUUUAGUAUUUGUGGCUCAGUUGACUGGCACGUGAUUCCAUUGAGACCAAGACUGAGAUUUGAUCCUAAAAAGGCUACUUAGCUUUUUGUAGGUAACAAACAAAACUAUUCCAAAAAUUAGAUUAUCCCCAAAACUGUGUCCCAUAUGUGUGUUAUGGGUCACGGUGGGGGGGGACAGGCAAGAAUGUGUGGAGGGGGAGGAUGUGUGAGUGGCUCUGAGCAAAGGAUCGUGAGGUCCCCAUCACCACUCAAAGAAAAAACUUCAUGUGCUCAUACAUCAAAUUCAGUACUCCUCAACAAUUUGUCUAGAAAUCAGAUGUCUUGUGAACCAUCUUAGAGACUGCACGAGUGGUGAGGCAGCAUAUGAUGAAUUAAAAACAAAGUCUUAUUUUUUAAUUCCAGAUGCACUUUUCUUGUGUUCCUUAAAUAAAUUUAAAAAAAAACAAAAACAUGAUUUUCCAUUGUUCUUGGCUUUGCUUAAUAGUCUUCAGGGCUAUUUAAGGUUAUUUUCAUUGGAAGACUAUGGUGGAGAUCAAGUUGAAGAAAUGAGACACCAGAAAAUUGGCAAGAGACACUUUUAUCCACUCAUGACUCAUGUACCCUGAGAAAUCAGCAUUGGGCUGAAGGUAGUGGACAAGCCACCUUUGUUCAAGUGAACCACAUAAUCCGAAAAACAAGAGGAUUUUGUUUUUCAUUAACCAAUGAACUGUCCACCAUUUUAAUUGAUUGUGAGGGGGGUCUAAUUUGGGAAGUGAAGAGAUUUAAUUGUGCCCUUUAAUAAACAUGCAAAAUAGAAGUAAGCAUCUCAGGUGAUGUUUGUCUUAAGUAUACAUUU